AUUUUCCCCAUCCAGUAUCACGACAUCUGGCAGAUGUACAAGAAGGCCGAGGCUUCCUUCUGGACGGCAGAGGAGGUGGACCUUUCCAAAGACAUUCAGCACUGGGAGUCCCUGAAGCCAGAGGAGAAGUACUUCAUAUCUCAUGUCCUCGCCUUCUUUGCUGCCAGUGAUGGCAUCGUCAAUGAAAACUUGGUGGAGCGGUUCAGUCAAGAAGUACAAAUCACAGAAGCUCGUUGUUUCUAUGGCUUCCAGAUUGCCAUGGAAAAUAUACAUUCAGAAAUGUACAGUCUUCUUAUUGACACCUACAUUAAAGAUUCUAAAGAGAGGGAAUUCCUUUUUAAUGCAAUUGAAACGCUACCUUGUGUUAAAAAGAAGGCCGACUGGGCCUUGCGCUGGAUUGGGGACAAGAAAGCAACAUAUGGAGAACGUGUAGUAGCUUUUGCAGCAGUAGAAGGAAUCUUCUUUUCUGGCUCUUUUGCAUCCAUUUUCUGGUUGAAGAAAAGAGGGCUAAUGCCGGGACUCACUUUUUCUAAUGAACUCAUCAGCAGAGACGAGGGCUUGCACUGUGAUUUUGCCUGCCUCAUGUUCAAGCACUUGGUACGCAAACCUUCAGAGGAGAGAGUAAAGGAAAUCAUCGUGAAUGCUGUUGUCAUAGAACAGGAAUUCUUGACGGAGGCACUGCCCGUAAAGCUGAUAGGCAUGAACUGCACUUUAAUGAAACAAUACAUAGAGUUUGUAGCAGACCGGCUUAUGUUGGAACUGGGAUUUAACAAGAUAUACAAAGCGGAGAAUCCUUUUGACUUCAUGGAAAAUAUCUCUCUGGAAGGCAAGACCAAUUUCUUUGAGAAGCGAGUAGGUGAAUAUCAGAGGAUGGGAGUGAUGUCGAAGCCCACAGACAACUCUUUCACCCUGGAUGCGGAAUUUUAAAUGAACUUGGACCAUCUUAGUGUGUAUGCUCCCUUGUUUACAGGGAAAGUUUAAAUAUAUUGAGUCACAGUGUGACUUGAUUCUUGUACUAAAAUCCCACUCUUGAAAAGUGUGGUGAUAUUGGUGCUUUUCAGGAGGCUAGUGUAGCUCCAGCAGUAAAAUCUCUUUUUAUUAGACUUUGCCAAUGGUGUUAAUUCAUAGAAUGUUUA